AUGCCCGUCAAGGCGGCCGCCAAUACGGGGACCAACAGUCAUAACAUUCACUUCAACCAGAAGCUGAAGAAUUUCUUUCGCAUCAACUCGAGCACCAACGGCGACAAGGAGAAGAAUCUCGACCAUCCCCUCAGGUCCGAGGGGAAGGUCAGCUUCCGCCAAUCGAGGAAAUUUUUCACCAACGUCGGUAGGAUUAGGUCGACUACCACCACGAGCGAGGGAAAUCCGCUUGAUGAAGCCCUGAGUCCCACCGCCAACGCAAACCCGUAUUUUGCCCACCAAGGCCAGCCGGGGCUCCGCCACCAUAACGAAGGCUCCGUGCCGCCGAGCCCGCCCGACACUCCAAGUCUGAAGGUCCACGGCCCCGACGGCGCGAAGCAGCAGGCUACGAACGCUACGAAAGAGGAGCUGGCGAGAAAGCUACGGAGGGUUGCGAGUGCUCCCAACGCCCAAGGUCUCUUUAGUCAAGAGAAAGGUAGCGGGGAGAGGCCGGCGACGGCAGAGCUGGGCAAGGAACCACUGGUCCAAGGCGAGAACUCUGCCUCGCUCGGCCUUGUCGAUUCCAAAACGUCGCACUCCGAUCCGGCGACCCUAUCCGUACCCGAGACUGACGGUCUCGGCGCGCUCCCCCCUCCGGUCAACACUUCCCUAGCUUUCCGCAGGACAUACAGCUCGAAUUCGAUCAAAGUCCGCACCGUCGAAGUCGGGCCCUCCAGUUUCGAUAAGAUUAAGCUCAUCGGGAAAGGUGAUGUCGGCAAAGUCUAUCUCGUGCGGGAGAAGAAGAGCUCUAGGCUCUAUGCUAUGAAGGUCCUGAGUAAGAAGGAGAUGAUCAAGCGGAACAAGAUCAAGAGGGCGCUGGCUGAGCAGGAAAUUCUGGCGACGAGCAACCACCCGUUCAUCGUAACCCUGUAUCAUUCCUUCCAGUCCGAAGACCAUCUCUACUUGUGCAUGGAGUACUGCAGCGGCGGCGAAUUCUUCCGCGCGCUGCAGACUCGGCCCGGCAAAUGCAUUCCCGAGGACGAUGCUCGGUUCUAUGCGGCCGAAGUGACGGCCGCCCUCGAGUAUCUCCACCUGAUGGGGUUUAUCUAUAGGGAUUUGAAGCCCGAGAAUAUCCUACUUCACCAAUCGGGACACAUUAUGCUUUCCGACUUUGACCUCUCCAAACAGUCGGAUCCGGGUGGUAAGCCCACCAUGAUCAUGGGCAAGAAUGGCGCGAGCACCUCGUCCCUCCCUACGAUAGAUACGAAGUCCUGCAUCGCCAACUUCCGAACGAACUCAUUCGUGGGAACCGAAGAGUACAUUGCUCCCGAGGUCAUCAAGGGUAGCGGACACACGAGCGCUGUGGACUGGUGGACCCUAGGAAUCUUGGUCUACGAGAUGCUCUACGGAACGACGCCUUUCAAGGGCAAGAAUCGCAACGCGACUUUUGCCAAUAUUCUGCGAGAGGAGAUACCAUUCCCAGAACACUCUGGCGCGCCCCAGAUUUCUAAUCUUUGCAAGUCCCUGAUACGAAAACUUCUGAUCAAGGAUGAGACCAGGAGACUGGGCGCAAGGGCUGGAGCUUCCGACAUCAAAGCGCAUCCCUUCUUCCGAACGACACAGUGGGCACUCAUUCGACAUAUGAAGCCGCCGAUAGCCCCGCACGCAGGGCGCGGUAUCGAUACCGUCAACUUCAGAAAUGUAAAGGAAAGCGAAAGUGUCGAUAUUACCGGCUCUAGGCAGACAACCUUUUCCAAGGGCGUACCGUUAGAUAGCGGAAUGACGACGCCAGGCAACGAGAUUGCCGAUCCGUUCGAGGAAUUCAACAGUGUAACCCUACACCACGACGGUGAUGAUUACGACAGCGACAGGUGA